CACAUGGAGACGAAGACGAUGAUCCUCGCAGGGUUGUAUGUCCUCCUGCCUCUUUUGGAUGUGUUGUCUCACGCCGAGGAGAACGUGCGGCGCCUGGACUGCGUGAGAGCCAGCGAACAGUGUCUGAAGGAGCCGGGCUGCAGCUCCAAGUACCGCACGAUGAGGCAGUGCGUGGCCGGCGGAAGGGAGAGCAACUUCAGCCUGGUGGCCGGCCUGGAGGCCAAGGACGAGUGCAGGAGCGUCAUCGAUGCCCUCAAGCAGAGCCCCCUGUACAACUGCAGGUGUAAAAGGGGCAUGAAGAAGGAGAAGAACUGCCUGCGCAUCUACUGGGGGAUCUAUCAGACAUUACAAGGCAAUGAUUUCUUGGAGGAUUCUCCUUACGAACCUGUAAACAGUCGUCUUUCUGACAUUUUCCGCCUGGCUCCCAUCCUAGAGGGUGGGGAACCUUGGAGCAGCUCCGCAACCUUGGCUCCAGGCAGGGGGGGCGCCCAGGGCAGAGAGCCCGUUCUGGGCCGCGGGAGCCCCUCCUCCACGGACCUUCAGGACCCCAGUAGAAACAGGAGAGCUCAUCCCAAUUGGGCCAUACUGGGUGAGCCUGCGGUGGCGAGAGAGAACAACUGUCUGAACGCCGCCAAGGCCUGCAACCUGAACGACACGUGUAAGAAGUACCGCUCGUCCUACAUCAGCCCGUGCACCAGCCGCGUCUCCACCGCCGAGGUUUGCAACAAGAGGAAGUGUCACAAGGCCCUGCGGCAGUUCUUUGACAAGGUUCCACCGAAGCACAGCUACGGGAUGCUGUACUGCUCCUGUCCGCUCCGAGACCAGACCGCCUGCUCCGAGCGCCGGCGUCAGACCAUCGUCCCCGUCUGCUCGUACGAGGAGAAGCAGAAACCAAACUGUCUGGAGCUGCAGGUCACGUGCAAGACCAACUACAUCUGCAGGUCACGACUGGCUGACUUCUUUGUCAACUGCCAGCCGGAGCCGCGCUCGCUGUCAGGCUGUCUGAAGGAGAACUACGCAGACUGCCUCCUCUCCUACUCCGGUCUGAUUGGAACCGUGAUGACUCCCAACUACCUGCGCUCACCCAGGAUCAGCGUGUCUCCGUACUGCGACUGCAGCAGCAGCGGCAACAACAAGGACGAGUGCGACAAGUUCACAGAGUUUUUCACCGAGAACACCUGCCUCCGUAAUGCCAUUCAGGCCUUUGGGAACGGGACGGACGUGGGGGUGUGGCAGCCUGUGUCCCCGGUCCAGACCACCACCUCCACCACCACUCACUCCCAGAAGAACCGCGACCGCAACCCCAACACUAUCGACAACCACAUCAACGCGGACCCUGGGAUUUACCACUUCUGUGGCAGCCUACAGGCUCAGAAACUGAAGUCAAACUCAACUGUGGAUGGCGUCUUCUGUGUGGAUCCUCAGAUCGAUGGUCCCAGUACGUCCAACGCCAUCGUGAGGAACUCGGCCGCCUACAGACGGCCUGCGGGCCCGACCUCUCUGCUGCCCCCACUGCUCUGGCUGUGGUACUGCAGCCUGCCGGCACUCUCCUCCUCCUCCUCCUCUCCGGGCGACUUGUAG